AUGUCUUCAGCUAAUCAAACACUUUCUUCGUUCAAUCUGCCGUCUACUAAAUCAAUUAUCGAUGAUUUAAAUUUAGUACAACAAAGAUUUGUGAACCAACUUCCUCUCAUCAUCACUAUUCUUGGUCUCAUUGGAUUUAUCGGAAAUCUCUUCACAUUUCUUCAACCAAAUCUUCGAAACAAUUCAUUCUGCAUCUACACACUCACAGCUUCGUUCGCUGAUAUCAUCAAUCUAUUCGUCAACCUUUUCCCACAAUAUCUUGAUCCAACGUCAGGAAAUCUUCUUUCGAAUAUUUCGGAUCAUUUCACAUGUAAACUGAAACUCUUUCUUUUGGGAUUUUUUCCACAAUUACCCUUAAAUUUGUUGAUAAUGUCUUUGAUUGAACGAUAUGCUUGUACCUUUGGUCCAACCUCUCGGAUGUCUCGACUGCGCCAAGUGAAAAUGGUCCCAUGGAUGAUUUUAAUCACCAUCAUCAUUGCUUGUAUUAUAGCGUUGUUUGCUUCUCUGCUGUACGAUGUCGUUCCUGGUUAUGGAUGCACUUCGACGCAUCCAACAAUAAGCGCUGUAAAUUAUAUACUCAUAACUGGAAUAAUCACUCCCAUGAUAAUGUUAAUACUUGUACUUCUCACUUAUCGAAACUUUCUACGAAGCCGACGACGAGUUGUGAGUACAUCACUUGAUAUUGUUGAUCAAUUCUCAUCUAUAUGUUCAUUGUAG